AUGGCAGAGAAGCCGCUCUCAGUAACUCACGUCGAGAAGUCAGAAGAGGCAUCGUAUCGCAACGAUGAAGAGAUCUCAACGCCUACCGAGCAAGAUUGGACCCCCGAGGAGGAAAAAGCGCUUGUCAAGAAGUUGGACUGGCGCGUCUUUCCCAUGCUCUGCGUCGUCUUCGGCCUGUCGUUGCUCGAUCGAACGAACAUCUCGGCAGCAUAUAUUGCUGGUAUGGCUGUAGAUCUCGAGCUCACGGUCGGAGCACGGUAUUCCAUCGCGUUACUGGUCUUCUUCAUCGGCUACGCCAUCUUCGAAUUACCAAGCAACCUCGUGAUCAGGAGACUGGGUGCCCAGAUGUGGUUGGGCUUCCUCAUCACCGCGUGGGGAGCCUGCGUGCUCGGCAUGGGCUUCGUACACAGCUGGGAGGCUCUCACGGUGUGUCGGGCCUUGCUGGGGAUCUUUGAAUCCGGCUUGUUCCCCGGCGGCGUCUUCAUUAUCGGGUCGUGGUAUCGUCAAUACGAGACCGCCCGCCGCGUGUCGCUGUUUUAUAUGGCGUCUCUGCUGGCGUCGGGGUUCGGUCCGAUUUUCGCCUACGCACUCUCCUUGAUCCGUGUCGGUGACGGCAUGUAUCGCAGCGGCUGGCGCUGGAUAUUCAUCAUCGAGGGCAUCGCCACCGUCGUGGCGGGGCUGGUGUCUCCCAUCUUCCUGGUCGAAUUUCCGGAACGAGUCAAGUGGCUGAACCCACGACAAAAGUACAUUGCUCAAGCGCGUCUCCAGACCGACCAGGCGGCGCGAGCAUACGUCCACCCGACCCUGCGAGAAUCGAUGCGCAUGCUUCUCGAUUGGAAACUCAUCAUCUACUCCAUCCAAUACUUCAUCGUCGCCUCCAGCGUGUACUCGAUCGCGUACUUCCAACCCAUCAUCCUGCGCGAAGGCAUGGGCUUCAGCUACGCGCUCGCCCAGAUUUUGGGGUCGCCGCCCUACGUCUUUGCCAUCAUCGCCUCGCUCGCCAUGGCGUGGGUGUCGGACCACUACCGCGUGCGCUGGCCCGUGCUGGUCUUCCAGAGCGUCAUCGGCAUUGUCGGCCUGUUGGUCAUCCUGUACCCGAAGCCGCCUGGCGUGCGGUACUUUGGCCUCUUCCUGGCCGUGUUCGGCUGCCAAGCCAAUGUGCCCGGCACGUUGGCGUACGGACAGAGCCAGACCGCCGAUGUGCGCAAGAAGGGGGUCGUCGCCGCCGUGAUGAUCAGUGUGGGUGCCGCGGGCGGGAUCACGGGGAGUACGAUCUUCCGCAGCCAGGAUGCGCCGCAAUAUCUGCCCGGCAUGUGGUCGACUAUUGCCAUGCAGAUUCUUUAUUCGGCCGUGACGCUUGGGAUGAGCAUGUAUCUGAAGCGCCAGAACCGGCUUGCGGACGAGGGGAAGAGGCCGGCGCUGGAGGGCGUGGAAGGAUUCAGAUAUGCGCCUUGA